AUGCGCCCCAUCACCUACGGCACCAUCCUCGCCCUCGCCAGCAGCGGCGUGCUCGCUGGCGUCAUCAACAAGCGCGACUCGGCCAUCAUCAUCAACGUUCUGAACGAGGUCAAGGCGGCCAUGUCAGACGUCGAGACGUCCAUCAAGUCGUUUAACGGAGACCUGACGUCGCUCGACCCGGCCAACAAGAAGCUCGACAAGGUCGUCACCGAUGGCACGGAUGCCGUGAGCGGCAUGAAAGAGCAGCUGACACUCGUCGAGGCCAUCGGCCUCCAGAAGCUCACCGAGGGCCUCGAGACGGAGGGCAAGGCCUUGGUUGCGGCCAUGAUCGCCAAGAGGGACGCCUUCAAGGAGGCUGGCGGCUGCGACGGCCUCCGCCAAUCGCUCAAGACCAUGAACUCCAACUCGGCCGCGCUCACAAAGGCCAUCAUCAGCAAGGUUCCCGAGGAAGCCCAAGCCAUCGCCCAGACGCAGUCGUCGGGCCUCAACAAGAUCAUGGAGGAAACGGCAAAGGAAUUUUCCGAGGAAAAAUGCCCGAGCAAGGGGCCAACAGCCAGCUCGGCUUCGACGAACAACGGCGUCGAGGAAGAGGAGGCUCCCCAGCCGACAGCAAGCGUCCAGGCCACCCCCACCCCCGAGGCCGGCGUCGCCACUGGCUCGGUUGAGACCAACGGCAUCGAGGAUGACGGCCAGGAUGACACUGAGGACACCGAGGACACCGAGGACAUUGACGACACCAAGGACAACGAGGGCUCCCCCUCCCCCGCCGACGUCGGCCAACCGCCAAUCACGACCAACGGCACAGACAACACCGCCACCAUGACCAACGGCACAGGCAACACUGCUGGCUCGGACGCUGUCCCUGUCGUUCCCAUCUCGCUCCCCCCUCCCUUUCCGGCAUCCAACUCGACAUCCAACUCGACAAAUCUGAACUCGAACGCGACGGUCGCUGGCAACCCGGUUGUCCAAGAGAGCAAUCCCGUGUCCAACUUUGCCGUCGAAGAGGCCCCGCCGGCAGCUAAUGCCGAUUCUUCCGCGCAGCCGCCAGCCGAAGCCGUCGUGCCACCGCCAGCCGAAGCCGUCGUGCCACCGCCCGCCGAUGCCGCCGAUGCCGCCGAGCAGCCGCCCUCGCCGCCAGUUACUCCUUCCAUGGAGCCGCCGGUUGAGGUUGCUAGCAUGCCGCCGCCGCCGCCAGCCGAGGUCGAGGUCCAGGAGCCAGCUCCCCGCCUUCCCCAGGGUCCCAUGCGCCCCACGCGUCCCAUGGGUUCCCGGGGUCCCAGGCGUCACGGCGGAGAGCGUGCCCUGGCCCUUGCCGGCAAGCUCAGCGGAUCUCUCGAUGCCAUCAUGUCCGGCUUCACCGCCGACAAGCCGAUCCUCGAGUUCGACAGGGCAACCGGUCGUGUCAGCAUGACUCUGAAGUUCGGCUGGACGCCCAACGGCGGAGCCCCCGCCACUGCCGAAGAGUACUGA